CUUCUUCAUCUCAAACCAUGUCUCAAGUUCCCCCACGCGGCGUUUGGUGCCCGGCUGUCACCUUCUUCAAUCCCGAAUCAGACACUAUUGAUCUCGAGGCGCAGGCGCGCUACUUCUCCUACCUUUCCACCACGGGACUUGCUGGUCUCGUGAUCCUAGGCACGAAUGCAGAAACAAUGCUGCUGACGCGAGAGGAGCGUCGAACGUUGGUCCAAACUGCGCGGCGAGCAGUAGGGCCGACGUUCCCCCUUAUGGCUGGCGUUGGCGGCCACUCCACAGCACAGGUCCUGGAAUUCAUCAGCGACGCUGCGGAGGCGGGCGCUAAUUCGGUUCUGGUCCUUCCACCCGCAUACUUUGGGCCAGCCACGACGCCCCAAGUUCUAGAAAACUUCUACGGAUCCAUUGCCGAUCGCAGUGCACUGCCUGUUAUCAUCUACAACUUUCCUGGCGUCUGCAAUGGCGUCGAUCUCGACUCAGACUUUAUCGCGGCCAUGGCCAACCGACACAAGAACAUCGUAGGCGUAAAGCUGACAUGCGGCUCAGUCGCAAAAAUUGCGCGCUUGGCAGCCGUGCUCCCCAAGGAGCGCUUCGCUGUCUUCGGUGGACAGUCGGACUUCAUCAUUGGGGGCCUAGCCUCAGGCUCGUCCGGAUGCAUCGCAGCGUUCGCCAAUGUUUUCCCCAAGACAAUCGCCCGCAUAUACGCUCUGUAUCAGGACGGCAAGACAGACGAGGCGCUUGCCCUGCACCAGAAAGCCGCGCUCGCCGAGCAGCCUAUCAAGGCAGGCAUUGCCGCAACCAAAUAUGCCGCAGCCCUUCACAGCGCCACUGAUGCUGGCAUCCGGGACGCUGCGUCGAAGCUGAAGCCACGCCAGCCCUACGUCGAGCCACCAGCUCCUAUCAAGGAACGAGUAAAGUCGAGGAUGGCGGAGGUCGCUAAGCUGGAGCGAAGCUUUCCCGCGGUGAACAAGCCCAUUACAGCGAAGAUUUGAAUUUCUCCCUUAUCGCCAAUUCUAAUGACCGGAGUAGAGCCGUAGAGGUGACUUAUAGCAUAUAGAUUACAUCAAUCAUAUCGUUUCUUAUCACAAAUUGAACCCGAUCGAUACACUUAAAAAUGUCGAGAUGGCGGAGAUACAAGAUUCACGCGGCCUGUAAUACCAGCCAAACGAUUGCCGGUGACAUGCGAUCAAGAUGGAUCUAGCAGUGGGGCGGCUGAUAACAUGGGACGAGAUU